AUGGCAGAUGAAGGGUUAGAGGUGAUUCAGUCGAUACGAGAGGUAAUUGAUAUAUCGGCUGAUCACCUGGAUCGAUUGAGGACACAAUGCGCGACAAGUGUAUUGACUCAACAAGAGACUCGGACAUUGGAGUCAAAGCUUGUUCGAAUGUUCUGCGAACUUCUUUUAAAUCGACAAAAUAUGUCGUCGGGUGGACUUGAAAUUUCAACAACUAGCAAUGAUGAUUUGCGUCAAUGGUUGCGUGUCGUUGGACUUAGUCAACAAACAAUCAAUGCUGUGAUUGAAAAUGUUAAUUCAUUAGAAACAUUGCUGAAGAUGAAUGAUGAGGAUAUUUGUGCAAUAUUAACAAACAGCAAUCAAACAAGUGAGGAUGCUCGUCGCUUAAUGUGUGCCAUAAAUAAUCUAAAGCGAUAUCAGCAAUGCUUGAAAGCUGGAACCGAGCCAUCUGAUAUGUUUUGGGAUUCGUGGGAUCGUCGGAACAACAUUCGUUGUAUGGGAUCGUCUCCAAAAAUUACUAAUAACCGUUCAUGCCGACAAUUUUCAGAAACUGUGAUCGUAAAUCAUGAAGGCAAUCAGCAGGAUGAAUUAAUACAAUCGCCAAUUGAAUUAUCACCACCCGAAACCCAAAUAUCAACAUCGAGUCUGAUGACAACGGGAACAUUAACUUCAUCAUCAGACAAACUUCUCAACAUGAUCUCACCAGAAGAAGGUUCUGGAGUUAGUAAUUUGUCACCAUCACCAAGUCCACCGCAAAGUCCAUCAGUACACAAUAAUACGACAACAUCACAGUCAUCGUCAAGUUUAGGAAGCAAUAAGAGGCUGGCAACUCAUUCACAUCAGAAAUUUCAUCAUAAUCCGCACCUUCAUCACAAUAAUAUAAACAAUAACACAUUGACUUUCAAUAAUAAUGGAUGUGCUGGUAGCAGGGACAUGCUGGGUAGUGUAAGCAGUAUUGGUACAUCGACAACAUCAAAUAAUUUAAAUAACUAUAACAAUAAUAAUGAUUUUGAAAUGAUGACAUCGACAUCAACGGAUUUGGCAAGUUGUGAAUCGGAUGGAAUGAGUAAAUCAAAAUCAAAUGAGUCACAAUUAUCGAUAAAUGGUAGCACUAAGCAAUGGCAAAAUGGAUCAGCAAUGAUGAGCAGUUCAGAAAUAUCAAGUGAGGCACCUCCAAUACCAGCACCAAGAACAAAAUAUCCAAUUACAUCAUCAAUAAUUAAUAAUCAUCAUCAUUUUGAUUAUAAUGAGAGUAGUAGUAUUAAUACGACAGUCGAUAGUAUUGGAAGUCAUAGCAUUGUGACGCCAAUUAUUGUUAGUGAUACAUCGGCACCGCCACGUUCACCUUGUACGCCUGUUCGAGGCAUGGGACAUAUGAUACAGCAUCGCUUCUCUAAGAAGUUUAAAUUUACGAGCAGUACCUGUGAUCUGUGUAAUAAGCAAAUGUUUUUUGGCUUUAAAUGUACCGAAUGUAAAUAUCGAUGCCAUAAAGAUUGUAAAUCAAAUGUGCCACCAUCGUGUGGCUUGCCGAAAGAAUUUGUUGAUGAAUUUAAAAAGACAUUGUAUUCGGAUGGCUUAAAUGCUUCUCCCAACUUGCCACGAGCUGGUUUAAUGCCUGGCAAGCGAAACGAUAGACAACAUCGUACACAGCAUAUGCAUACAAUUCCAUUUCAUCAUGGAGCUGAUAGCAGCUCGGCCGGUUCAAGUUGCAAUAGCUCUUCGCCAUCAAGUCCAGCACUACUAACAAUACCGCCACAAACGCCUGCUAACAAAUCACAAUUCAAUUUUCCCGAAGUCUCAUCAUCAACUCCAAAUCAAAAUCAUCAAAAUUCACAUCAUCUUAAUAACUUUACAUCCUAUCAUAAUACAAUAAUUGAAGAUGCAGAACUUGAACAUUCAGGACAUUCCAAAAUGAGUGACAAUUCCUCAUCCUCGGCAAUGUAUUUAAGAAAUAAUUAUCAACAUUCUUUAACAUCACCGAAUAAUAUUGAAAAUCAAAUUAGGCUUAAUGGAAGUAUCAUAGACAGUAAUGGUACAAUACAAAGUAUUGAGAGUGAUAAGACAAUGAGUACAGAAUCAGAUCGUAUGACACCGCGACUCGAGUCAGUUGAGGAGCGUGACAACAUUUGGCCAAGACAGAAUAGCUUGUCAUUAAAAGAAUGGGACAUUCCAUAUGAUGACUUAAAUUUGGGUGCAAUGAUUGGUAAAGGACGAUUUGGUACAGUUUAUCGAGGCAAUUGGCAUGGUGAUGUUGCUGUUAAACUUCUCAAAGAAGAUUUCCUUGAUGAUGAACAUGCAAUCGAGGCAUUUAAAUUGGAAGUGGCAAUUUUCAAGAAUACAAGACACGAAAAUCUAGUCCUGUUUAUGGGAGCUUGCAUGAAGCCACCAAGACUUGCGAUUGUUACAUCAAUGUGUAAAGGAAAUACACUCUAUACACACAUUCACUUGAGACGUGACAAAUUCAAUCUCAAUAAGACAACAUUAAUUGCUCAGCAAAUAGCACAAGGCAUGGGUUAUCUGCAUCGACGUGGCAUUGUACAUAAGGAUCUCAAAUCAAAAAAUAUAUUCCUCGAAAAUGAGAAAGUCAUAAUUACGGAUUUUGGAUUGUUUAGUGUAACAAAAUUAGUGUAUGAUAAUAACUUAGGACUCGGAAUUCCAUACGGAUGGCUUUGCUAUUUAGCAUGUGAAUUAAUAAGAAAUCUUAAACCUUGUCGACCAACGAAUGAGGAUUUACCAUUCACAAAAUCAUCAGAUACUUAUGCAUUCGGAACAAUUUGGUAUGAAUUGUUGUGCGGUGAGUUUCCAUUCAAAUCCCAACCACCAGAGUCAGUAAUAUGGCAAGUUGGACGUGGCAUGAAACAAUCAUUAGCAAAUUUGCAAGCAUCGCGUGACGUUAAAGACAUUCUAAUGAUGUGCUGGUCAUUUCAAGCAGACGAUAGGCCUGAUUUUAAUCAAUUAUUUACAACAUUGGAACGAUUGCCAAAGAAGAGACUGGCACGAUCACCAUCACAUCCAAUUCAAUUAUCACGUUCAGCUGAAUCUGUUUUCUAG